CGAAGUACGACUUGCCGCUCUCUUCAUUGCUCUGCUCUUCACUCGUGUUGUGGCGCCGACGAGGUGCACGCGGACUGUUCCUGUUCCAUCGGUGAGUGCCGGCAGGUGGUGGGUGUGUACGGGAACGUUUCGGUCUCCCGGUCCAGGCGCGAAGGAAGAAGAAGAAGAAUAAACUCUCGAGUUCUCUCACUGCCUCGAGCACCAGUCAUGGGCGGAUAUGCGUGGGUUACACUGGCUACGAACGAUGCCUAUUCUCUGGGAGCCCUGGUUCUGGCGCAUUCCUUACGCCGGGUCGGCACUAAGCACGAAUUGGCCUGUCUUGUCACUCCCGGAGUUACGGCAACCAUGAGGGAAAAAUUGGCUGCAGUAUUCUCCUUGGUGCAGGAAGUCAAUGUUCUCGAUUCGAAAGACGAGGCGAACCUGGCCUUACUGGCUAGACCAGAAUUAGGCAUUACUUUUACUAAAUUACACUGUUGGAGACUAACUCAGUACGAGAAGUGUGUAUUCGUUGAUGCAGAUACUCUUGUUGUACGAAACUGCGAUGAGUUAUUCGAGCGUGAAGAACUAUCGGCCGCGCCCGACGUCGGCUGGCCUGACUGCUUUAAUUCCGGAGUAUUUGUAUUCAGACCAUCUCAACAAACGUUUGCAUCAAUCACCGCAUUCGCCGCUGCUAAGGGCUCGUUUGAUGGCGGUGAUCAAGGCUUAUUGAACAUGUACUUUAGCGACUGGGCUAGCAAGGAUAUCUCCAAGCAUCUACCGUUUAUCUACAACAUGUGUUCUACUGCGACAUACUCUUAUCUCCCCGCAUUUAAACAAUUUGGCGACGACGUGAGAAUAAUACACUUUAUUGGCAUAACAAAACCGUGGUUACAGUAUUUCGAUACCCUGACUGGCACCGUCCAGCCACCACCGGGAUCAACGCAUUUGCAACCGCUGUUGCAAUUAUGGUGGAAUAUAUUCUGCGAGCGAGUGCAUCCCCAAUUAUCAUCCUCCAUGGCUGGUAUCGCCGGUGCCCUGGCUCAACUAACAUUGGGCGAAGUAAGAAGCGCCGAGCAAGUAGCUUUUGAGGAGCACAUGAGGAAGCAAAGCUGGGAACAAGGACAGAUCGACUAUAUGGGUCGCGAUAGUUUUGAUAACAUAUGGAAAAAGAUCUGCGAGACGCUCUCUCUCGCGCCGCAACGGGAGCCAACUCCACCUACAGAGGAUAUCGCUACUUUGGAGACUGCUAUAAAAGAGACUGCUGCAAAAGAGACUGCUGCAAAAGAGACUGCUGUCAAAGAGACUGCUGCAAAAGAGACUGCUGAUAUCAAAGUGGAUAAACCAGCCGUUGAAGCCGACAAGGAUCCAACGCAAUCUCUAAUAUGCGAAGUUUCUAAAGAGGAGAAAUUUUCGGCAGCAAUUCUCGAGCAAGAAGUUCCCGCGUUAUCUUCCAAGAAAACGGUAGAAGCCACCGCAAAAAUAUCCGACGAUCCGAUAAAAUUCGAAGACAUUUGUGCGAAACCGACAUCUGAAUCAAAGGAUGCAAAAUCGUGCGAAAUCCGUACUGAAGUGCCUUUGCCGCAACAGCCAGCAGAACCGUUGCCCGCAAAAACAACUGCGGAACCGUGCGAACUUCCAAGUUCGCAAACGCCACAAGAAGCGGCACCUCAAAGCGCAAGCUUUCUCCUCGAAGCAAAAGAAUCGAAGCAACAAAUUGAUUCGCAAAUAUCCCCCUUGAUCUGCAAACUACCUGUGCAAGAAACAACUGCGCCAGUUACGCAAAUUAGUACCGAGUCAGUGCCUACUAGGGCCAAACCAGAAACCCCAGCUUCCACUCCUCAAGAUACAACGCAGCCUAUAGCCCUGACUAGUGUAGACAGUCCGCAGAUUACUGCAACUUCUCCUGUAACAAGCCAAGCGCCAAUAGAAGACAUGAAAUGUGUAAUCGAAUCCGCGCCUGACGUAACACAACCUCUCACGAUAGAUCCGGGCGAGCAGCACGCGGAGAUGCUAUUGGCGGCUUCUGAGAUCUCCACUGUGAGUCCUGUGCCUAUUCAAGUGGCAGAAUCGGUUCUGCAGGCUGAACCUAAGGAAUCCGUGUUGGGCGCAGCUGUAACCGUGAGCGAUCAAGCGAUUGCCUCGACGGUCACAGCUGUGCAUGAAUCCAAGGAUAUCGCUUCUGCACCGAUCCCGACGGAACUUGUUCAGUUAAACGGAUCGGCUUGUGAAAUUGAGAGACGCGACAUUUCUGAUCUAUCAGAAAAAAUGGAUGUUCCUUCUGAGGCGAUCAAGGAACUAGCGAGCGAUUUGGUUGCUAGGGAUCUACCAUCAGAGACAGUAUCGGCUACUGAAAAGAUAUUAAUCAGUAGCAAUGUGGGGCCUUUAGAAACAACAUCUGUAGAAGAAUUAACGGAACAGGUUGCAAAAAUAAAAGUGGCAGAAAUAAAAGCUCCAGAACAGAAGCUGGAAACAGAAGAAGUAAAACCUUCGGAGCUGAUUACCAAGACGGAAGUUGUGGAAGAGAAGUCUGCGGAGCAAGUUACUGAGACAACGGAAACGAUCGUGAAACAAGCGGAAACAGUUGCACAAGCUGAAAUAACAAAAGUACCGUCUAUUGAACAAACAGAAGCAACGGAAGCACCAACAGCGAGAUCACCGAGUGAAGUUUUGGCAUCGCCAAUCGCUGAACAAAGUCCACCGGCAGAAGAACCCAUUGAAGCGAAACCGCCAAAUGUUCCAUCGACGCCGACGGUAACCGAGGCCUCUCCACCGAUUAGUCCGUCCGUGGAGAGUGCACAGGAGAUGGAGGAGGCCGCGAAGAAGAGCCUGAAGAAGUCUGACUCAGCGGACGGUGCCGAUGGGGAAGGUGCAGACAAGAAGGCGAAAAAGACGGUGAAGAAGGUAACGAAGAAACCGAAGGCAAAACCCGAGGAGGCGGCACCCUCAACCGCGACGGAGAGCGCCGCCGCGGACGGCUCGCAGAGCAAGACGAAGAAGACCGUGAAGACAACAAUGAAGAAGACCGGCGCGAAGAGCCUGGAGGCCGACACAAGCAUACCGGAGACCCCACCGCCGCCAACCGGCGCCGUCGACGCGCCAGUUCCGCCCAAGCGGAAGACGAAGAGUACGAAUGCAAAAGGAACCGGUAAAAAAUCUGAGACGGAAGAGUAACUGGUCUCAGUCCAAGUCAAUUAUUGUCUCAAACAGUUCAGGAGUCCAAUAUGGAAAAAACAGUUUUGCUAAAAUAUAAAAUAAAAAUUUAGAUAGAUACAGAUCUGAAAAUAAUUUAUUAGAUUAUCAAAAUAAUUAUGUAGAAUGUCUGAGCUGGUAUUGCUUAGAAUAUUGAGGAAUAUUGAUUCUAAACUUUUUGCUUAUUAUGAGCGUUCUACAUAAUUAUUGAGACAGUUCAACAAAAUUAUUUUCAGAUCUGUUUGUAGUUAAAUUUUUAGAUAUUUCAGCAAAAUCUAUCUUUCUAUGGAGAGACCGAUUAAGAGGCGAAGACCCUCCAAAUAUUCGCGUUGAAUAUCAAGAAUAUAUAUAUUGAGGUCUUCAAUCCUUUCGAGACCUCGCGUUUUUAGAAAAUUAGUAUUUUUGCGCAUAUACUCCUUUUUUACGGUUUUCUUAAAAGAUUCCCUGUAAAAUGUGAUUAGCGAUCUCUGCUAGCCGCAAAGCGUAGUAGACGUGAAGAUUGUCGCGACAUAGUUUAAACAUUGUCUCGAAAGGAUUAAAGGACAUGUUAGAAGAUCACACUCGCUAGUCUGUUACGGUUUUUUUCUUUUUUUUAUACUUUUAAUAUAUAUAUCUCGCGAGAGUUUCUAUAUCGUUGAGCUUCGAUACCAUAUUCGCCGCGGAGGUAUCGAGCGAUACUGAGAGUUUAA